AUGUCGUCUACCGCCGUCCCCAAGCGCGUUGCGCUUCAUCGCAACACUACCACCGACUCUUCGGUUCCCAGCUCCGUCUCUGUCUCCCCGCUGGAGUCCCCUCGCCAGUCUCCUUCGUCGACCUCGCUUUCGUCAAUGGCCUCGGACGCUGAGAAGGUGGACAAUGGCAAGAUGCUGGAUACCUAUGGCAAUGAGUUCAAGAUCCCCGAUUACACGAUCAAGGACAUCCGUGAUGCUAUCCCUGCCCACUGCUUCAAUCGCUCCGCCGUGACCAGCUUGUACUAUGUCUUCCGAGAUAUCUCUGUACUUGCCUCCGUCUUUUAUGUCUUCCACAACUAUGUCACUCCCGAGACCGUCCCCUCGUACCCGGCGCGUGUUCUGCUGUGGGGGUUCUAUACCAUCGUCCAGGGUCUGUACGGUACCGGUCUGUGGGUUCUGGCCCACGAGUGCGGUCACCAGGCUUUCUCUCCUUCCAAGACUCUGAACGACACCGUUGGAUGGAUCUGCCACUCUGCUCUGUUGGUGCCCUACUUCUCAUGGAAGAUCUCGCACGGCAAGCACCACAAGGCCACCGGUAACCUCGCCCGUGACAUGGUUUUCGUUCCCAAGACCCGUGAGGUGUACGCCUCUCGCAUCUCGAAGACCAUCUAUGACCUGAACGAGCUGAUGGAGGAGACCCCCAUUGCCUCUGCCACCCACAUUGUUCUGCAGCAACUGUUCGGCUGGCCCCUCUACCUUAUCACCAACGUUACCGGCCACAACAACCACGAGCGCCAGCCAGAGGGACGUGGCAAGGGCAAGAAGAACGGCUACUUUGGCGGUGUCAACCACUUCAACCCGUCUAGCCCUCUGUACGAGGCCAAGGAUGCUAAGCUCAUCCUUCUGAGUGACCUCGGUCUUGCCAUUACCGGAUCUGUCCUGUACUUUGUCGGCUCCACGUACGGCUGGAUGAACCUGCUUGUGUGGUACGGUAUUCCUUACCUCUGGAUUAACCACUGGCUGGUUGCCAUUACCUACCUCCAGCACACCGACCCUACUCUCCCCCACUACCAGCCCGAGUCAUGGAACUUUGCUCGUGGCGCUGCCGCCACCAUUGACCGCGAGUUCGGUUUCAUUGGCCGCAACAUCCUGCACGGCAUUAUCGAGACUCACGUCCUCCACCACUACGUGAGCACCAUCCCUUUCUACAACGCCGACGAAGCCAGCGAGGCCAUCAAGAAGGUCAUGGGCUCCCACUACCGGACUGACGCCCACACCGGUCCUCUUGGUUUCUUCAAGGCCAUGUGGAACAGCGCUCGUGUCUGCCAAUGGGUCGAACCCUCUGAGGGAACCAAGGGCGAGAACGCCGGCGUCCUCUUCUACCGCAACACCAACGGUGUCGGUGUUCCCCCCGUGAAGCUCCAAAAAUAA